AUGGUUCAUCUCGCUGUUGCAAAGUACGGCAAGGCCGCUGUUCGCGUCUCCCGCAUCGUUCGUCACCCUGACGGCAAGCACGACUUUGUCGAGUACAUCGUCAGGUGCUUGGUGGAGGGCGACGUUGCUCGGGCGUGGACGCACUCGGACAAUGCGCCCAUCGUGGCGACGGACUCGAUCAAAAACACCGUCAACAUCUUCGCAAAGACCUCGCCUCACGUCCUCCAGCCCGAAUCUUUCGCUCUGCACCUCGGCCUCCACUUUGUCACCAAAUACGCCCACCUGAACCGCUGCUCGGUCGACAUUGUCCAGCUCAAGUGGAGCCGCAUCCAGGUCAACGGCCAGCCGCACAAGCACUCGUUCGUCCGCGACGGCGACGAGAAGCGAACAGUCUCGGUCGUCGUCGACGCGACCAAGGGCAAGAACGCUCUCACCGCGACUUGCCAGGGCGGCAUCACGGGCUUGCUCUGCCUCAAGACGACGGAGUCGGCAUUUGAAGGCUACGUCUUUGACGAGUACACGACCCUCAAGCCCGUCGACGACCGCAUCUUCUCCACCGCCGUCGACUGCACCUACACGAUCCCGAUCUCUCCCUCUGCUCUCUCCAUCUCCGCACUCCCCAAGCUCGGCAUCGACUUUGACAAGAUCUACAAGUCGGUCGUCGAUACGACGCUUGAAAUCUUUGCGACGCAUAAUUCGGCGAGCGUGCAGGCGACGCUUUACAACAUGUGCGAGAAGGUCCUCAACGACAACAAGGAGGUCAGCGACAUCAAGUACGAGUUGCCCAACAAGCACUACAUCGCGCCCGACCUCUCCUUCUUCAAGCUCAAGAACACGGACCCGAAGGACGCAGAGGUCUUCACUCCUGUCGAUGCCCCGAGCGGCCACAUCAUCGGUCUCGUCACUCGCGAGCCGAAGGCCAAGCUCUAG